UCACAGAAAAAGCAGAAGAAACCAUGGGUGAUAACUCUAUGACGAAAUCCUCCUACCCAUAGUACUAAUCUAAUACUACUCCUCAAACAGAUCAACAUUCGCCAGCUGUUGGCAUACUCAAGAGACAUUUUGAACAAGUACUAUAAUUAAAAUUCACUGACCUUUCACAACAACAAUUCUAAAAUAUCUUUAUUACAACCAUAAUAUAAAUAUCAAAACCCCCAAAAAACUAAACUCUUUUUCUUCUUCGUUUUCUUUGCUGACUUACAACAAAAUCAGCCAUGUCUGGAACUCUAAGAUGCGUAGUGGUAGCAGUUGAUGGCAGUGAUGAAAGUAUGAACGCCUUAAAGUGGGCCCUUGAUAACGUCACACUUCGAUCAGACGAUGGAGGUUCAUUCAUCAUUCUUCAUGUUCAAUCUCCACCGUCUAUUGCUAUGGGGAUCAACCCUGGUUCUAUCCCUUUUGGUGGGCCCAGUUUGGAGGUGCCAGCUUUUGCGGCGGCAAUUGAAGCUCAUCUGAAACGUGUUACUGAUGCUAUUAUCAAUCAUGCUUUGGAAAUUGCUACUCAGAAAAAUCCGAACGUCAAAACCCAAAUAGUUGUUGGGGAUCCAAAGGAAAAAAUAUGUGAAGUUGUUGACGAAAUGCAUGCAGAUUUGCUUGUGAUGGGAAACCGUGCUUUUGGACCCAUUAAGAGAAUGUUUUUGGGAAGUGUGAGCAAGUAUUGCAGCAACCAUGCAUCUUGCCCUGUUGUCAUAGUGAAGAACGAACCAGAAGAAGCUUUACCAGCGUUAGGUGAACAAUGACAGUGGAUCUCUCUUAAUGUUUUGCUGUUCUUCUAUCCUUGAUGGAGAUGGGGUAAAGGCUGGACUAUGUACUUGUCCAUGGCUUAUCUUGUGGUGUUUGCUAUUGUAAGGUUUCUCUUUUUCUGUUCUGCCUGUUGGUGGUUGUGAUCAUGACGAUGAAAUUGAUCGUUUGCAACAUACCUGAGCUCCUUGUCUAACGUCUUUUGUUCGGUGGUGUUUGUAUUAUAAAGAGUGAUCAAGUUUGUAAUCUGUACUUUGUAUAGUGUGAUCAUAGUUAUGUUGUUCGGGAAUAGAUUGAGGCUCCAUUUUCAGUCACUGUUUCAUGAUUUCUUUUUUCUAA